AUGGGAACUGGGAAGGUUCCCACUCAGGAAUCGAAGGCGGAGUCAGAAAUUCCAGAGUUGGAUCCUGUUCGAACGGGAGACUGCUGCGGGGGAUCCUCGACGACAAAGCAGACGCUCUUCAAGCGACACAACUCAUCGCCGACUCUUUUGAACCGCUCGCGACUCUUACUGAACCCUCUCAGAACUGCCCAAAUAUACGUCGUCUCGUCGAGUUACUGUCUAGAAACCGAGAUUCGCGCGAACCAUGGCGCAAGCGAGAGUAAAUCUGUUUUGGUUCAACGGGAUCAUUUUGAACGAAAACGACCUCAGCCCCGUGGGACUCCGCCUUGUACGCAAAGAGAAGACUAUCGCGAAUCCGCUGGUGGGUCUUGGUCUAUCUCGUGCUCAGGCAAUCGACACAAGCAGACUGCGCUCGAAAAUGUUUUUGACGCUAGUGACCGUACAGACUUCCAACUUGCUUCCAAUUUGAAUCGAAGCGCCUUUGCUUUUGCAAGCGACAAUCACGGUGUCGUCGUUACCGUGGCGGCCGUUAUCGUCAUUGCCGUGGCGGCCAUUGUCGUCCCCACCGUGACGGCGCUUUCCGUGGCGGCCAUUGUCGUCGUUGCCGUGACGUCCAUUGUCGUCAUUGCCGUGGCGGCCAUUGUCAUCACCACCAUGGCGGCGUUUGCCAUGGCGGCCAUUAUCAUCAUUGCCGUGAUGGCCGUUGUCGUUGGGCCCAUCAUCACCACCGUGGCGGCGCUUGCUGUGACGGCCGUUGUCGUCAUUGCCGUGGCGUCCGUUGUCAUCACCACCGUGGCGGCGUUUGGCGUGGCGGCCAUCAUCAUUGCCGUGAUGGCCGUUGUCGUUGGGGCCAUCGUCACCUCCAUGGCGGCGCUAAAUGGUCAUAUUCAGCUUGCAUCUCCCCGAGCGGACUGGGCGUGA